GUUGGCGCGCAGUACGCUCCGAGUGUCCGAACCGGUAUGUCAUAAGUACCAGAGAUAAUUAUUUUAUUUACUUUACUAUCGAGUACAGACGCGGUUACUCGCGCAUUUUGUUGUCGACGCACAUCACUAUCGCCGCGCGUGUUCCAAAUUUGAAAAUACAGUGUUUGUAUUUAAUUAAAAAUUGUUUAAUCGAUUUUUAUAGUGCAAAUUCGUAUCGAUUGUGGUGAUUGUUGUUUGCGAAAGUGUCUUUUUAACUGGCUGAAAAUAGUUUUGGAAUUUGGCUCGAUUUUUUGGCAUCAAUUUUGCCAGAAAUCUCGCAGGAUGGCCGCGUGUUACAAUGGAAUGCGUGUUAACAGCACGCGACGGCGUCCGUCGCUGUCCGUAAGAUGCGUUCACUGCUAGCGUACUACGCAGACGCUGUGAUGUCAGCGGCGAAGCGCGGCGCGGGCUGCGCGUUCGGCUGCAGCGACCGCGGCGACUGCAUCAACGGCACUUGCCUCUGCGAGAUCAGAUAUUCGGGAGACCAUUGCUCCGGCCCCAACAUGCCUUACCAUGCUUGCAUCGGCGGCGUGUUCCUGCUGGUCGCGUUCGUCUGUGCCGUCCAGCUGACGAUCUGCAUCGUCACCGAGUACCGCAGGCUGAAGGCGCCCACGUUCCUGCGCGCGUGCAAGGUCACCACGCAGAAGAUGCUGUACCUGGUCGCGUUCCUUGCCUCGCUGAUACGCGGCGCGUACUUCGUAUCACCGUUCUUUUUAUUGUGCCCACAGUCGGCGUUCCAAGACGGCUGGGCGACAAGUCUGCUGUCUGCUUACUAUCCCUUGCUGAUGUCCGGUUCGUCGCUGAUCGUGUGUUUCUGGGCUGAGGUAUUCCACCUCCGCGACAUCAGAUGGGAGAGGCCGAGGUUCUUGUCCAAGUCGUUCCUCGCGUUCGUGACGUUCAACGUGAUCAGCUAUUCACUGCUGGCUGCAGAGGUGCUCACCACCACCAUCGCAGACACCUCGCCCGACACGAAGAGUUUCUACCAGCACGUGUUCAACGGUUGUUAUGCCGUUCUGCUGUUCGUUGUGGUCAUCUUCUUCCUUAUUUACGGAGUUGAGGUGUAUUUUAAGCUCCGCGGCGAGUUCCUGAAGGAGACGAAGGUGUGCACGAUCAUAUCGCCGCGGCCGGGGCCCUCCACCGCCGCCGACGGGGACGACGUGCAGGACACGCUCGUUACCAAACAGGGCAUCCAGACGGACCUGUCUGAUGGCGACGGCACGGUGGACCCGCGCUCGGUGGAUCACUCGCAGCUGCACCAGUCCCGGCUCGGGCUCAUCAGCCAGGCGCUCAUGUUGAUCCUCAUCGCGGGAUUCCUCGCAUCGGAGACGCUCAGCGAGUUCUGGAAGACCAAAGUGCCAGUGGUGUCGCGCAACUGGCACGACCUGGUGUUCCGUCUGGCGGAGAUCGGCGUCGCGUUAUGGUUCCCGUGCGUGCUGUGGAACUCGAUGGCGCCGGAGCGGCUCUGGCUGCUGAACCCGCGGCGGCUGCUCGCGAGGCAGCUCGACGACGCCAAGCUCGCGGACCUGUUGGCGCACCAUCACGACAUCAAGAGUCUCGUCGUGUCCCGUGAUCUCACGUGGCGUCAGAAAGUCACGCACAUGGUGCAGUUGGUACGCCAGUGGCAAUGGAUGAUCUACAAGGUAGUUCUCGCCGUCUUUGUCGCACCAAAGUGUUUGGAGUAUCGAGAGAGAGAGACAAAUCAUUUAGAGACUGGAUUGCCGGCGCCCAAUAAGAGCGGUUUGAAUGUGGAGACGGACUCGUUGGUGGGCAGCGUGGGGUCGGCGCGCGACUGCUGGAUCUGUUAUGACGGCUCGCGGUCGGAGCCGCUGAUCCGGCCGUGCCGCUGCACCGGCGACGUCAGCGCCGUGCACCACGACUGCCUUAGCCGGUGGCUUGUCGAGAGUGCGGCUACACCAGACGGUUUAAAAUGCAAAGUCUGCAACACACCCUACCUAGUGCAGGAGACGAACAGGGUGGAGUGGGAGCGCGGGUUCACGGUGGUGCACUGGGUGCGCACGGCGCUGGCGGUGGCGGUGAUGUGCCUGGCGGGCGCGUUCGCGUGGGUGGCGGUGCAGCUGUGCGCCUCCUCCGUCGUGCGCGUGCUCGCCGCCGGCGCAGCGCUGCUCGUCUGCUACGUCGCCAUCAGGUUCCUGGGCAUGAACACGGUGUCGGCCUACCAAAGGGCGAAGGUUUCAUCUCUACGGAUCCUGACAGAGCCUUUGCCAGAGAACCCCGUCACAGACCAAGGACAGCUGUCGACCAUAAGCAAGACUGUCACGGUGGAAAUAGCCUCCAAGGCUGUACUAGAGAGGGCGCUCAAAGGAGACGCCAAGUAAUUUAUCGAUAUCGAUAAUUAUCGAACCGAGUCGUGUAUGUAGUCGAGUCGUUAAGAGACUAAGUGAACAAAUUUGGUUGAUUGUCGAAGAACAUUCUGGAGUCAGCUAGUGUCGUCAAAGCUGACAUAUUGUGACAACUAUUGAGAGAUGCAAUGUCGACAUAUUUGAACUGUUUUAAAUAUUUAGUGUAGUUACUGUCAGAUUAAAUAAACUUUUGAGGUUGCCUUGUGAAAAACUACAGAAUCGACAGAUUGUGUUUAAGUGUACCAAUACAACAAACGGCUCGUUUCCGUAAUGAACAAUGAGUGAACGAAUGUGAACCAAGUGACGUAGUACAAAUCGACUAGAUCGAUCUUUUAAUGAACUAUCGUAUUAGUGCUAGUGUUGUAGCUAAGCAUUUGUCCGCGAAUGAACUAUUUCAAUACGUACAUCGAUUCAUUGGGAACGCGUACGAAGUGACGUUUUCUUAUUAGAAUAAAAGCAUUUUUCGAAGUUAAGUUGCGUUCCUAAUGGAUCUUUUAGUUCGCCCCUUAUUCUUAAAGUUGCGCGGAGUUUUCCGUAUCGUUGCAUGAACGAGAAUAAGAGGCAGUUAUUCUUAGCAUAACAUAUUAAUGCUAUAUUAAAGACAUAUUGGUUUUGUAUGAGUACGUGAAAUAAUCUUUGCAGUACCGUUACAUAUGUGAAAUAGAUGUUUUGUUAAAAAAUUGUACACAAUUGCUGAUUUAUUUUUUUAAUGUACUUAAAGUCAAAAUUGAUGAUACAAAAAUCUAGUGCAUUUUUUUAAAGCAACACCGUUUUUUUAUUUGCUAGAAUGUUCUUUUUUAUUUAAUUUUCCUAUUGUAUUAGAAUGUAAAAAAUGAGGCUGGUGUGUGUUGAACUCUUGCGAUGAAAAUAUGUAUUUCAUUCGGUUCGUGUCUAUUUCUUAGUAACUCUACACAUCUAUUGAUAUAACACAAUUACAAAAUAGUCAUAGAUCUAUCGAUUAAGUAUUUAUUAUUGGAUCUACAAAUAUAUAAGUAGCAAGACUACGUUCUCAAGUAGUUUGUCGUCAGCUAUGCCAUAGAUAGACUAAGACGCAAAUAGAGUUACGAAGAAAUAGACACGGCAUCAAAACAUUUUAACAUAUCCAAAAUUGUUAAAUUCUAAACGUUAGUCACACGUAGGUCACAAUGUUUUUAAAAUGUUUGUCUGUGCCAAAGAUUCAGUGUGCGUUAUACGUAAUGUUAUUCCAUUAGAUACGUGUGAAGGAGGUUUCUAUCGAGGCAGAUAGAGAAAUAAACUUUUUGAACAUC